UCUGUGUUUGCACCAUAUAUUUCUUUCAAGAGAAGAAUCCUACCCGACCAUUCAAGUAUAUAUACCCAUAUGACUGGCUCGUUUUAUAACCACGAAAUACAAGUCUACAAACUCUCAAAUCUAAAACAUCUCAAUUACUAUAGUUUUCCUUGUUCUGCAAGUUCUUUGAGAUUUUCUUCUACUUUUUUGUUUUUUUUUUUUUGGUAAACAUUUUCUUCUUUUGAUCUUUGAGAUUUUCUUCUACUUUUGAUCUUGAGAUUUACAACAAUGGGUUUCCGCCUUCCAGCUGUAAUUCCUGCGAAGAAACUUCUUCGACGAUCUUUUUCAAAUACAACAAGAGGAGCUUCAAAUUUAGCAGAUGUCCCAAAAGGUUAUUUUGCAGUUUAUGUUGGUGAGAGAUCAAAGCAGAGAUUUGUAAUUCCAGUAUCAUUCCUUAAUGAGCAAGAAUUUCAAGACUUGCUAAAUGAGGCUGAAGAAGAAUUCGGGUUUGAUCAUCCAAUGGGUGGUCUAACAAUUCCCUGCAGACAAGAUGCCUUCCUUGAUCUCACUUCUCGCUUGAAUGGUUUGUGAGAUUACAUAAGGAAAGUCUCCAUAUUACAGGAAAUUAACUGGUUGGAAGAAUUUUGUAAUGUUGACAAUACAUUCUGUAACUAUUUUUUUCAUUGGGGAGUGAAUCAAAUGUCUCCAUGAAUUAUGUAAAAAUCUAGCAACUUUUAAUUGGAUGCUUAUAUUUCUUUUGCUCA